AUGCACGUACCUGCACUUCGGACGCUUACAUCCUUUCUCAAAUUAUGGGAAGGCUCAUGGGCGGACGACGCUUUGAACCCGGACCCCGAAAACGACACAUAUAUCGAUCCGGACAAGGUGCGCACUAUCCACCAUCAUGGCAAGUACUUUAAUCUCGACACUCGACACAUUGUGGACCCGUCGCCUCAACGAACGCCAUUCCUGUUCCAAGCCGGUACGUCCCCAGCAGGAUCCGAGUUCGCAGCGACGCACGCCGAGGCGAUUUUCGUGUCCUCGCACUCGACCAAAGUGCUACGACCAAAGAUCGACAAGAUCCGCCAGCUCGCGGCCGAGAAAGGUCGUGACCCCAGGUCGAUCAAGUUCUUCGGCACGUACACGCCGAUCGUGGGACGGACGGACGAAGAAGCGCGCGAGAAGCACGAAGAACUCAAGAAAUAUGCCUCGACCAUUGGCGGUCUCGUCCUGUUCAGCGGCUGGACCGGCAUCGACAUCUCCAAGAUCCCCAUCGAUCAGGACAUCACGGCGGCGGAUUCGGCCGAGGCGCACAAGAUCACCAGCUUGCUCGACGCCUUCACCACCACCAGCGAGAACGUGCCGAAAUGGACACCUCGCGUGGUUGCCGAAAAGGCCGCCAUUGGUGGCCUGGGUCCUGUCGGCAUCGGAAGCCCGCAGACUGUCGCGGAUGAUAUGGAACGCUGGAUCCGUGAGGCUGACCUGGACGGUUUCAAUCUGUCUUAUGUCACUACGCCGGGCACGUUUGAGGAUGUGGUCGACUUGUUGAUUCCCGAACUUCGCAAGCGCGGUCUGUAUCCUGAGGCUGGUGCACAGGAGGAAGGGUUGACCGCCAGAGAGAAGGUGUAUGGCAAGGGCCAGUCCAAGUUGAGGGCCGACCAUGUCGGAAGCAAUUACAAGUAUGAUGUUUACAAGGAGGACGAGCCUUAUGUUCCUGCGGAAAAGAACGAAGAAAAGCAGCAGCAGCAGCCGAAUGGUGAGCCUGUGAAAGCUGCGGCAUAG